CCAACUGCUUUUAUUGGGAAUCCUGGACUCUGUGGGCCCCCUUUGAAGAACCCUUGCUCUUCGGAAACUAAUGGUGCAAAUUCACCAUCCUCAUUUCCCUUUAUCCCGGAUAACUCUCCGCCUCAGGAUUCCGAUUUUGGAAAGAGCAAGAAGUCCAAAGGGUUGAGUAAGAGUGCUGUGAUUGCAAUAGUGGUGAGUGACAUUAUCGGUAUCUGUCUUCUUGGUCUGCUUUUCUCGUAUUGUUACUCAAGGAUUUGCGCUUGCAGAGGUCGAAAGGGUGAAAACGGUCACGGGUUUGAGAAGGGAGGGAAGGGAAGGAAUGAGUGUUUGUGCUUCAGGAAAGAUGAAUCCGAGGCAUUAUCGGAGAAUGUUGAGCAGUAUGAUCUCGUGCCGUUGGAUGCUCAGGUGGCUUUUGAUCUCGAUGAGCUUCUCAAGGCGUCGGCUUUUGUGCUCGGGAAAAGUGGAAUUGGGAUUGUUUACAAAGUUGUGCUUGAAGAUGGACUGACUUUGGCUGUGAGAAGAUUAGGGGAAGGAGGGUCUCAAAGGUUUAAGGAGUUUCAGACUGAAGUGGAAGCCAUUGGAAAGCUAAGGCAUCCUAAUAUUGUAACUUUGAGAGCUUAUUACUGGUCUGUUGAUGAGAAGCUGCUCAUAUAUGAUUACAUACCUAAUGGAAACCUUUCCACCGCAGUUCAUGGUAAGCCUGGAAUGGUUUCAUUCACUCCGCUAUCGUGGUCUGUCCGGUUAAAAAUUAUGAAAGGAAUUGCAAGAGGUUUGGUCUAUCUCCAUGAGUUCAGCCCCAAAAAAUAUGUCCAUGGUGAUCUCAAGCCUAAUAACAUACUUCUUGGACAAAAUAUGGAACCCCACAUUUCUGAUUUUGGACUCGGACGCCUUGCUAAUAUUGCGGGAGCAUCUCCAACCUUGCAAUCUAGUCGAAUGGCUUCAGAGAAGCCCCAAGAAAGGCAACAAAAGAGCACGACUUCUGAUACUACUACAGUUGCUUCGUCUACUACAUUGGGAUCGUGUUAUAUCGCACCAGAAGCGCUGAAAGUGGUGAAGCCAUCGCAGAAGUGGGAUGUUUAUUCAUACGGGGUGAUCCUACUAGAAAUAAUCACCGGUAGAAUGCCUGUAGUCCUGGUAGGUUCCUCAGAGAUGGACCUUGUUCAUUGGAUUCAACUCUGCAUUGAAGAGAAGAAGCCUCUAUCGGAAGUUUUAGACCCGUAUCUAGUGCAAGAUGGCGAUAGGGACGACGAGAUUAUUGCGGUCAUUAAGAUUGCAAUGGCUUGCAUUCAAACUAGCCCUGAAAAAAGACCAACAAUGAGGCAUGUCAGUGAGGCUUUGGAGAGGUUGGCAAUAUCUGAUGUUUGAGAAAAUCCCAGAAGAGCUAGUGAAUCCUUCAUGUUUAGCCUUAGUUUGAGUCUCAAAGUGAUCACAUGACCACUUAUGCAAAUGUCUUCUUUGUUUGACAUUAGAUUUUCAUGACUCCAAAUUCCAAAUUCAAUGUAAAAUUCUCUGCUUUGUCACUCUAUUAGAUUUUCGGCUGGCUAGAGUUAGGUCUGCAAGAAGAGCAUGCUUUCAACUUUGAAGUGGUAUUUUAACUUGGUUUUCAUGAGUUUGUAUUUGGUAUAUACACGUGUGUAAGGAUUUAUUUCUUUCACUUGCUCUUGUU